CGUAAAAAAAAAAAAAAAAAAAUCAUCAACACUUUUGAGAAACGUAAUGACUGAUUAUACAACGUCUACUUGCUAGAGCGGAAAGUACAUAGUGCCUUGAUACGUACCAUAACAUGAAUAAUGACUGGCAGAUCAAUAACGCUGAUGCAUAAAGAAGCCGGUGAGUUCUUAGAAAGGCUGAGUGUUGGGCUCGACAGUGUCCCCGCCGCCGCCUUCAUCAGUGGCCCGUGCGUCUCCCCAGAAAUGACUCCCGUGAUUACAGCUUUUACCUUAUUAAAUUUCUUCUUUGCGGCCAGCAAUUCAGCCAUCAGCGAGGGGCAGCUGCAGGUGCUGAGCGAGGUGGUGUCUGGCCCAGCCCACGGGAGGCCGCUGGCUCUGCACCUGGACCCCACCCUUUCAGCAGACGUGCGGCGGGCUGUCGUGGGCGGGGAGGCGGUGCGCCGCACACCGCACUUUAUUUUGACCUUUGGUCUCUGUCACAGCCUGCAGGAGGUGGCGCUCCCUGGCGACUCCUCCUCUUCAGCGGUGGUGCUCCACGUGGUGCUGUGGCUCGCGCCGCGGCCCGAGCUGUUGCAGACGUUGUGGCUCCAAUGGAAGCCACGCAACCUUCUGCUCUUCAGCCUGGGGCCGUCCCCCGGCACCGACCUGCUGCGGCACGAGGCGCUCAGCGGAGUGGAGAAUGUGGCGCUCAUCGGACUCCUCUCGGCCCAGGCGGACCCACGCCCUGACAAACUUGGGGUGUACACUGUGCUGCCCUUCUCCCCCGGCGGCGUGCGGCUUCUCGGCUCGUGGCGGCGUGAGACCUUCGCCAGCUGGGAGGCCCUCUUCCCUGACAGGUUCCCGUCCUUCGAGGGAUACACUUUCCAUCUGGCCACGUUUAUAGAUGACGCACCAAACCUUUACAAUGACACUUCACGAACGAGCGUAGUUGGAAGAGGUGUGGCAGUGUCUAUGAUGGAAUGCUUCUCAGCUCAACUUAAUUUCACGUACACGCUGACAAUAAAACCUCCAGACUCGAAGUGGGGAGCCAUCGAAAAUGGCUCAUGGUCAGGUCUUCUUGGAAUGAUUGCCAGGAAAGAGAAAUUAUUCACUAUCAACGGAUUAGCUUUUGCUGAGGAUCGAAACGCUGAUUUUGAUCGGUCAGAGCUUAUAACGAUGGAGAGCUGGCGGCUAUUCCUAGCUAUGCCGCAGCCCCUCUCGAAGUGGCUAAGUCUGGUGCGGCCCUUCACCCCCACCGUCUGGGCCAUACUUCUUGUCUUGCUUCUCUUUCUCGUCUGCUUCAUGCGUAUUAUGGCAGAAACAUCCGAUAAUUACAUCGUGAACAAUAAUUACGGUGUGUUUGGGGGGGGGUCGUCCGGCCGUGUGGGGGUGGCCACCCUCAGGCCACAGGUCAAGUCUUCCCACAGCAGUGCCAUUGUCUCGUGGCUGGAGCUGUAUGGCGCCAUGGUGUGCCAGAGUGCCCCCGUCUUGCCGCGGGCACUGUGGCAGCGGGUAUUCCUUGCCGUGUGGCUGCCCUGUUGUCUGGUAGUCGCCGCCGCCUACACCUGCAACCUGGUGGGCAUCUUCACCACCCCAGCCUACCCGCAACGACUCGCCUCACUGCAGCAGCUCGCCGACAGCCGCAUCAGAAUGGCCGUGGUUGACGACGGUUCUUUCAGCGUCACAUUCCUGCAGGAGUCCACGGACCCACACCUACACCGCCUGCAGCAGCGACGUGACGUGUUCCCGACAUGGCGAGAUGCUGCUCUUGCCUUGUCCAAAGGGACUCAUGCUAUAUUGAUGCCCGAGACGUACAUGGAGUUAUUAUUACUUGAAACAUUAAAGCAGGAAGACGGGUGGUACACCUUGGAGGACGCGUUGAACACCCUCCAGGCGGGGUGGUACUUCCGGAAACACACGCCGUGGAAGAGCAAGUUUGACCACGGCAUCCGUCAGCUGUCCUGGUUUGGGUUGAUUCGGCACUGGCACAAGGUGGAAACUGAGGAGUGGAUCAGGAUCAAUCUGGGCCGUAGACACCGUGGAGGCUCGGGAAGGGACGCCGCCGCACCACCACUCACUCUUGAGCACCUGCAGGGCGUCUUCUACAUCCUGGUCCUGGCCUGGGUGGCCGGCGGGGCCGCUCUGCUGCUGGAGCUGCUCACACACCGACACCAGGAACGCCUGGCAACAAUGUGGCGCUGCUGAUUUACUUGUUAUGAGAUCCAAUCUUUCUCUGGACAUUGUGUUUCGUGUGUUGUGCACUCUGCUGUGGUAGAUGGUCACUGUUCCUUUCCUAAACCUAUCAACAGUGGUGUUCCACAGGGCUUUAUCCUAUCACCCACUCUCUUCCUGUUAUUUAUCAAUGAUCUUAUUUCCAUAACAAACUGUCCUAUCCACUCAUACGCUGACAACUCCACUCUGCAUUAUUCAACGUCUUUCAACAGAAGACCCUAUCAACAGGAAUUACAAGACUCCAGACUGGAGGCUGCAGAACGCUUAACCUCAGACCUUGCUAUCAUUUGCAAUUGGGUUAACCAUGUGUCCUUCAAUGCCUCAAAAAUCCUAGUUCUCCACCUAUCAACUCGACACAAUUUUCCAAACACCUAUCCCCUAUUCUUCAACAACAAUCAGCUGUCACCUUCUUCAUUCUUUUAUAUAU